UGGCGAAUAUGAAUUCGGACUGUUCGUUCGCUUCGUUCGCGUUGUUCCAAAAUCCACGCGAAAACAUCCACGAAGGCGUCCACGCGCCGCGGAGGAACCGGAAGUAAGAAAAAUUGUUAUUGACUUGUCGUUUCAGACUUACAUUCAGUUUCAUUGACAUUUCAGUAUUUUUUUCCUCUUCCACUUUAACAUGAGUCGAUUUAAAACAUGGAAAUACAAGAACGCAACACCGAAGAAUCCAGAGACACAGGAUUGCAUAAGAGGGAUCAAAGUUGGUGAUGUUGAUUCAUUUGGAACUCAUAUUAAAGCAAACUCUACUUUCUUAGCAUUCAACACAGAUGGUGGACAAGGAGGUCACUUAUCUGUGUUGCCAUAUCAAGAAAAAGAAAAGUCACAACCUCUUGUAUUGUCAUCUCAUGCAGAUUUUGUGAAUGACUUCAGCUUUUCUCCAUUUAAUCAAUCUCUAUUAGCCACAUGCUCUAAAGAUUGCUCAAUAAAGAUUUGGACCAUUCCAGAAAGUCAUAAUGCAGAUGAUAUCUCUAAUCCAGAACUUACAUUGAGUAAACAGAAACCCGUGGAAGCUGUUUUAUUCAACCCUGCUGCUGAAAAUGUUUUGGCUUCUAUUGCUGGCAAUGAUGUUAAAAUAUGGGAUAUCUCACGUGGCAAAGACAAAAUUUCUUUCAACGAACAUGGUGAUAUUGUUCAAAGUAUCACAUGGAAAGAAGAUGGCAGUCAAAUUGCAACAGGAUGCAAGGAUAAAAAGAUCCGGAUAAUUGAUCCACGUACUUCAGUACUGGCACAAGAGACUACAGCAUUUGGUGGAGGAAAGGAAACUCGUGUGCAGUGGGUUGGAAAUGAAGAUCAGAUCCUUGCAACUGGGAUUAACAAGUCACGACAACAAGAGCUUGGAAUGUGGGAUACACGUAAUCUAUCAACUAGUUUAAAGCAGUUGCCGGUGGGGUCUUCAUCCGGGAUACCAAUGAUGUUUUAUGAUCAAGACACUAACAUGUUACUACUGGCUGCCAAGGGUGAAACAAGUGUACACUUCAUUGAAGUAAAAAGUAACGCACCACAUUUAAAUCCAGUGUCCACUCAUCGUGUAACAGAGCAAUUAAAAGGAGCAACGUUGAUCCCUAAGCUUGCACUGGAUGUUAUGUCUGGAGAAGUUCUACGUCUCAUGGUUCUAACAAAAGCCUCUAUUAUGCCUAUACGUUACCGCGUGCCUAGAAAGUCAUAUCGUGAAUUUCAUGCUGACCUGUUUCCUGAUACACACAGUUGGGAACCUGCCAUGACAUCAGAGGAAUGGUUCCAAGGUGGAAAUACAGAGAGAUCAAAGAUAAGUUUAGAUCCAUCGAAAAGACCAGUAAGAGAACUGAAGAAAAAAGAUGACCAACCUGCUAAAGUCAAAUCUCAACAAGAAAAACCAAAACCUGUCAAGAGUGAAGCUGCCCCACCUCCAGUCUCGUCUUCUGCGUCCAAAGAAGUUAAUACCCCAACUUCAAUCAAAUCUCAACCAGAUUCUGGGUCCUCUGAUACAUCGGCAACAUACAAAAGGCCACACAAAACCUUUUUAAGUUUAUAUCAUUCAAAAUUCCGUCAUCUUAAGGGCUCAGCGUUGCACCGCAGUCAAUAUAUUGAAAACGUGAGGAACAUCAACACCUCAAUCUUUGGGGAAUGCGAUGGUUUUCAGUGCAACUCAAAACGUGCAGCGAUACCCCUCGAGGGACCAGGAGGAAAAAUUGCUGUCGUAGAGUUGGCUAACACAGGUCGUCUCCCUGAAACCGGUCUUCCCGUAUUAGAAAAUAAAUGCACAGUAAUGGACUUUGUCAUGAAUCCAUUUGAUGAGGAAACGAUAGCUGUAGCUUGUGAAAAUGGGAGCAUUAAAUUAUGGAAAACUGGUGCUGAUGGCUUGAAAGAAACAACAGAUGAACCGAACGCGGUCCUCAAAGGACAUAGAGAUCGACCAACGAUCGUGCGUUAUCAUCCUACGGCCAACAAUAUUCUCACGUCAGCUAGUUAUGAUCUAUCUGUAAAUAUUUGGGAUGUGAAUAAGGAGACGGUUGCACUUUCACUUGGGGGACAUCUUGAACCGUUAUUUAGUUUCGCAUGGAAGAACACUGGGGACCUGUUAGCAACCUUUUCCCGUGAUCAGAAUAUCAGAUUAUUUGAUCCAAGAGCAAGUACAUCUUCACAAGGGUUGGGCUCAGGCCCUGCUGGUGGCCGAGGUGGUCGUAUUGCUUGGGCGGGACCUUAUGGUGACUGGCUUCUUGUUACUGGAUUUGACAGGUCGAAACGUCGGCAAAUAUCCCUGUACGAUUCGCGGGACCUAAUGAAAGAACUUUCCAGAGUGGAACUUGAUAAUGCGCCAUCAACCCUGAUCCCUUAUAUGGACCCGGACACUGGAGUAUGCCUCUUAAGUUCUAAGGGCGACACCAACAUAUUUACUUAUGAGAUCAUCUCAGAACCUCCGCAUCUUUUUGAAUUAUCUCAUAUCAAAGUUCCUGAAGCCCACCAGGCAGUUUCAUUCCUCAGGAAGACAUCUUGUAACGUCAAGGAAGUAGAGUUCAUGAAAGCAUUACGUUUGACAAAGACUUACAUAGAACCAUUUGUGGUCUCAGUUCCUCGAGUUCAGAAAGAAUAUUUCCAAGACGACAUAUUUUCAGACACAACAGUCACGUGGGAACCUGCAAUAAACGCUGCCGAUUGGUUAAGCGGUGGAAACAAGGAACAACGAAAGAUUAGCUUGAGACCGUCUGGCAUGAAAUUAUUGAGUGAAGCACCAAAGAUUGAAGUGGUAAAGAAGUAUCAAAGCAAUGUUGAACUUGAAGAAUAUAAAACAGAUGAACAAAAGAAGGAAGAGCUACUAAAUGCAAUGUCUGGCAAACUUACCAAUUACGAUGACGUACCAUUACCACAGGAUCUUACAGAAGGAGUUGAUGAGAGUGAAUGGGAUGACUGAGCAACUCGCUGAAAUUUAUACGUAUCGUAUCCUACCUCGACAAGUUAUUCAGAUAAUUUAACGAAAUAUUAUCAUUUAUGAUUUAUCAUCAUUUACUAAAUCGGAAUAGACAACGUGUUUUGUUCAAAAUAUUUGUAGAAAAUAAUUCAUUCUUUAUUUGUAAGCGUAAUAUAUUUUAUUCAAAAAGUUUUAUAACAUAAACAUCACAUAUACCUAUAGAGACUAGGGUGUUUUGUGUGAUCACGACUCACUAGAUUAUGGUCAAGCAGGUACUGCUGGGAGGGAAUAUGACACUAGUGGGAUGUGCAACAC